CUUGCCUGCACUGUAGGUUACAAAAAACGUGCGAAUUCAAGAGAUGACGAAUUACAUUUGUCUUCUCAGAGAUAGAAUAAUAAAUGAAACGCAUCUAGAAGGCAGUAAGCUUAACAAUUUGGCAGAAAACAACCUCCAGCUUUUACACAGAAUUAAGAAUCUCGAAGAAUCAUUAAACCGCUUAAAGAAUAUUCAACCCACAGAAACAGUACGGUAUGAAUUAGCUGGAAAUUUCAGUGGAAACAAAAUACAUGAUAAAUAUCCCUUUGAAACACGAACGCUUCGAAGUGAAUACAGUCUAUAUGACAAUUUACAAACAAUAAAUUUUGAUAAACGUUUAGAAGCUAUGGAAAUGAAACUACGUAAUCUGUUGCUUGAGAAAAAUACACCAAAUUGCAUGGAUAAAUACGCUGUGAAAAUUGUUACCGAAACUUAUCAUCCAAUAACAACUAUGAAUCAUCAGCAUUGUACGGAAUUCUGUCAAGGUGCAAAGCACGCAAAUUCAAAAGUGAAUGAAUGUUGUUUACACUUGGAUUUGAAUGAAUCACAAUCUUGUAGUUAUUGUUUAAAUCAAUCAGCUCGUAGUCAUCGCACGGUUCAAACACCGGAUACUUUCAAAAGAAAUUCACUCUUUGACAAAUCAAUUCAAACAACAUUAACAACAAAUAAUGUCGUCAUGAAUUCAAGGUGUUAUAAUACAGCAGCAAAUUAUAUGGAUGAAAAUCAAAUUGGCGCCAGUUCUAAUUUAUCUGAAUCAAUAAGAAUGACGAAGAGUCCAUCAGUUAAUAUAAUUGGUCGUAAUAAUUCUUGUCUGUCUGGAACAAAAUGUUGUCAAGAUGGGAAUCAGAUGUUAAAUAAUAAUAAUAAUAAUAUUGACGACGAUAAUGAUUCCAUUUCUAAAUACACAUCAAGUGAAGGUCUUGAAAUAAUUGCAUCACCGAAUUCUCGAACAAGUUAUUUAAAUGGCAAAGAGAAUACAAUCCAACAAAGUGUUUUUAAUCGACUGAGGCAGUCACACAGUUUUGAAUCUGGACUGAACAAUGAAGCGGGUUAUGAUGACAAUGAUAAACUUCCUGCUACUUCAAGAUCUUAUAAAAGAAGUCGUCUUUUCGAUCCGAAUUCGCAUUAUGCAUCCACUGGACCAAGUGUGCACAAUUCACGUAAACCAUCCGUGCUAGAAUCAUCGUUUGAAACAAUUUAUGAUCAAACAAAAAUGUGUUAUAAACUGUAAUAAAGAAAAAAAAUUGAGAAACACUCUGGCUAAACUGUGCACACUU